GGCGAUAUGGAGCAGCUAUCAUCCAGGGUCCACGAAUUGGAACACCGACUCGUGGAGAACCACGCGGAAGUGAGAGAAGUCAAGGAAGAUGUCAGGGAGCUUCGUCGCCUACUCGAGUUGUGCUUCUCCACCAGGGAGAGGAGCCCUGAAGGGGCGACCACCAACAACAGCCGCCGACCAGAAUUGGUGGAGGGAUCCGGUGAACGACAGAUCGCCACUCCAACAGCAGCGGUCAUACCCAAGUACAGUCGGCUGGAGUUUCCCUCAUACAGCGGCAGCGGCGACCCACUGGGAUGGUUGUACCACUACGAGCAAUUCUUUCGUAAUCAGCGCACGGAGGAAAAGGAUAAGGUCAGUUUGGUCGCGUUUCAUAUGACAGACGAAGCACAACUCUGGUUCUACCGGGUAGAGCAGGAGGAACCAGGACUCAAUUGGGACCAGUUCAAGUCCUACUGCCUCCUUCGAUUUGGACCCCCAUUAACAAGCAACCCAUUGGGAGAGUUAAUUAACCUCAAGCAGAUCGGGACCGUAGUCGAGUACCAGCGGCAAUUUCAAACUCUUCUCGCCAGAGCCUCUUUAGUACGCCCAGAUCAGCAGGUGGAUAUGUUCACCGCUAGACUAGCCGAACCUCUGAGAGUCGAUGUAGAGAUGCAGAGUCCUCCCAACCUGGUCACUGCAAUGAACUUAGCCCGCGCUUUUGAGCGCAAGCUACAGAUCAGCCGAGGGUCUUUCAGCAUGGGGCGUUCAGCGACUUCUUGGGCAAACCUGAAAUCAACUGGAGGAGGGUCUUCGUUGGCAGCCAGCAGGGAACAACGGCUUCACACAGGUAACACUUCCAGAUCGGCACCCAGCAUAGGAAGCAACAUGACGGCACCUCCCAUCAAACGCUUAUCUAGAGCUGAGAUGGCGGAGCGCCGGGCAAGAGGUCAAUGCUUCAACUGCGACGAGCUGUACUCAGCCGGGCACCGAUGCAAGCGGUUAUUCUGCCUCUUGGUAGACGAACUGGAAGAAGACGAGGAGGAGCAUACAGCACUAGAACCUGAGAUCUCCCUCCAUGCCAUCACCGGAAUACAUAACUCCCAAACCAUGCAGCUGCGGGCACAGGUGGCAGGGAAGCCAGUACGUAUUCUGGUGGACUCGGGAAACACACACAAUUUUAUCAGCAAGCAAGUGGCACUUCAACUGAAACUGCCGGUGGAAGGCAGACCGCAACUUCAAGUAGCCGUCGCAAAUGGGGAGAGAGUUCACAGCCCUGGAAUCUGCCGGAACAUCCAAAUACAAGUCGAAUCCGAACCCUUCUCCGCUGAUUUAUUUGUACUACCCCUGGACGAGUUUGAUAUAGUGCUUGGAGUCAAGUGGCUCAUCACUCUAGGCCCUAUCCUAUGGGACUUCAGUGCCCUGACCAUGACAUUCAACCUGAAUGGAAAACAAGUCACCUGGCAAGGAACCAGGGUAAGGGCGAAAAGACCGCAGGUGCAUACUCUCCAUGGCGAUGCCAUGCACACCGCAGAGAUGAAGAGACUUCUCACCGACUUCCCGGACGUGUUUUCAGAACCCAAGGGACUCCCACCUGUCCGAUCGUGUGGCCAUCGGAUUCCUUUAACCCCAGGUUCAGAACCUGUCGCCGUCCGGCCAUACCGCUACCCGCACCUGCAAAAAGAUGAGAUAGCGAGACAGUGUGCAGAAAUGUUGAAACAAGGAAUCAUCCGCCCUAGCCGCUCCCCCUUCUCUUCGCCGGUCUUAUUGGUACCAAAACAAGACAGCACCUGGAGGUUUUGUGUGGAUUACAGGGAACUUAACAACAGAACUGUCAAGGACAAAUUCUCGAUUCCCGUGGUAGACGAACUGCUAGAUGAACUCCACGGGUCUCAAUACUUCUCAAAGCUGGAUCUCAGAUUAGGGUACUUUCAGGUCCGGAUGGCCCCCGAGGAUGUGGAAAAAACAGCAUUCCAGACGCAUCAUGGCCACUUCGAAUUUUUGGUCAUGCCGUUUGGCCUCACCAACGCUCCAUCCACAUUUCGGUCUUUGAUGAAUGAGGUAUUUCGACCCCACCUCCGCAAAUUCGUCCUAGUAUUUUUCGAUGAUAUCCUGGUUUACAGUACAUCAUGGGUGGAGCACGUUCGUCAUCUACGAACUAUUUUGGAGCUACUGCGCCAACACAAACUAUUCCUGAAGCGGGCCAAAUGUUCCUUCAGGGAGCGACAGGUCCUUUAUCUGGGACAUAUAAUCAGCGGGAAAGGUGUCUCGGUAGAUGGCUCCAAGAUCUAAGCAAUUCAAGAAUGGCCCAAACCUCAGUCCACUAGGGCUCUCCGCGGGUUCUUAGGACUCACCGGAUAUUACCGCAAGUUUGUAAGGGAUUACGGACUCUUGGUUGCCCCAUUAACCAAGAUGCUGAAGAAGAACGCACUCCAGUGGAAUGAAGCAGCGGACGCCGCCUUCACAAACUUAAGGGAUGCACUCUCCUCCACCCCAGUGCUGCAGUUACCAAACUUUGACCUGGAAUUUACGGUUGAAUGUGAUGCUUCCGAUAUAGGCAUUGGAGCAGUACUACAACAGCAAGGGCACCCCAUAGCCUUCUUUAGCCGCAAAUUAGUUGACCGACACCUAAAGCUACCGGCCUACGAGCGCGAGUUGAUUGGACUAGCCAAGGCCGUACAACACUGGAGGCCAUACUUGUGGGGGAGACCCUUCGUCGUCAAAACGGACCACUACAGUCUCAAGUACCUACUAGAGCAGCGGCUUACCAAUCCACCCCAACAGCAUUGGGCAAGUAAACUGCUCGGGUUUGACUUCCGAGUAGACCACAAGGCAGGGACCUUAAAUCGGGCCACGGAUGCACUGUCCAAGCGUGAUGAAGAUGCUAUACACCUUUGUGCAAUCUCCCAGCCCCGCGUCACCCUAUUGGAAAGCAUUAGGAGUGUGCUGCCCCAAUCACCAGAAUGGAGGGACCUGGUUCAAGAGAUACAGUCCAGAGCAACCAACCCGAACUGGUCCAUCCACGAUGGACUAGUACUAUACAAGGGACGGGUAUAUCUUUCGAUCGAUUGUCCAUUAAUUCCCGCUGUCAUCUCCAGCAUUCAUAACGCCACACAUGAAGGGGUUCAGAAGACGUUGCACUGCGUCCGCACCGAUUUCCAUUGGCAUGGUAUGCGGGCUUCGAUUUGGGAUUUCAUCCAGAAUUGCUCCRUGUGUCAACAACAAAAAUGGGAAAAUUUACACCCGGCAGGCCUCCUCCAGCCUCUUUCACUUCCAACACAGAUCUGGGCUAAUAUCUCCAUGGACUUAAUUGAGGGCUUGCCCAAGGUCGGCGGGAAAUCAGUCUUAUUCGUGGUGGUGGAUCGUUUCUCCAAGUAUGCCCAUUUCAUUCCCUUAUCCCACCCAUAUAACGCAGUUUCGGUUGCCCACGUCUUCUUCACACAUAUUUUCGCUUGCAUGGGCUACCCGAGUCCAUCGUCAGUGACAGGGACCCGGUCUUUACCAGCACCUUCUGGAAGGAGCUAUUUUGAUUGCAGGGUACGACCCUAGCUUUUUCAUCCGCCUACCAUCCGCAGACAGACGACCAAACGGAGGUCGUAAACCGUACCAUAGAGAUGUACCUCCGCUGUUUUGUGGGUGACCAACCACGGCAUUGGGUGGAUUGCCUUCCAUGGACCGAAUACUACUACAACACGGCCUAUCACUCCUCUCUUGGCAUGACUCCAUUCCAGGUUGUCUAUGGUCGAGAACCCCCCCACCUACUGUCCUACGAGCCCGGUUCGACACGGCUGGAAGAAGUCGAUCGUAGUCUACAAGAUCGCGAUGCCCUCCUGGCGGAAGUCACUCUCUGCUUACAGCAGGCUCAAACACGCAUGAAGAAUGUCUACGAUCAGCGCCACAGAGAAUUAACUUUCAAGCCCGGACAGUUCGUGUGGUUGAAGCUCCAACCGUAUCGACAACACUCUCUCAAAGGUAGAUCUCCCCCGAAACUGGCCCCCAAGUUUUACGAAUCCUUCAAGGUAUUACGGCGAAUCGGGAAAGUUGCAUAUCAGCUUGAGCUACCAGAACACAGCAAACUCCAUGAUACCUUCCAUGUGUCCUUGCUCAAGCCAUUUAUAGGAACCCCUCCUGAUGAGGUACCUUCCCUUCCGCCCUUAAGAGACGGCAGACCCAUUCUACAACCUCGGGCUCUGGUUCGAUCCCCCGCCAAUCAGGGUACUCUCGAAGUCCUAGUGGAAUGGGACGACCUACCAUCAGCUGAGGCCACCUGGAUUCCUUGAACUGUCCUGCAAGACGCCUACCCAGAUCUCGAGAUUGGGGACAAGCUCGUCGCCCAGGAGGGGUGUAAUGUUGUGGAUGCGUUCGUAGGGAGGACGUACAGCCGCCAACAGCAGCAGUGAGGAGGGGCCCACAAGGCGGCAGCUUAUCUCAUUAGUUCUCAGCUCAUCUUAUCUUAUUCUUAGUAGUUUUCCUUAUCUUCUAGAGUUUGAUUUACCUAUUAGAAGUAGGGAGUCUGUUUGAUCUUAAAAGUGUGAUUUAUCCUUAUCUGUGAGUAGUCGAAUUCUACUGGGCAUCUUCCCACACCUCCUGUAAUCUCCUAUUUAAGGAGUUGCAAAUUGAGAAUAAAGCAUUCAGU